CCAGCGGCCGCAGUCGGUUGUGAGCCCGGGGAUUUGGGGUGCGGCGCGGGAGGCGGGAAUGGGGGCGCUGCGGCUGCUGGCAGUGGCCCUCACCUGCUACUGCUGGUGGCCGCCGGGCAGCCAGGGGAAGACCCUGCGGGGCAGCUUUAGCAGCGCAGCGGCCCGAGAUGCCCAAGGCCAGAGCAUAGGCCUCUUCGAAUUCCAUGGGGACCAUGCUCUUCUGUGUGUCAGAAUCAACAACCCAGCUGUAGCUGUUGAAAAAGAAGCUAAACUCUACUUGUAUCAAGCCCAGGAAUGGCUAAAACUACAGGAAAACAGUAAGCGUUAUAGCUGUAGUGAAGCGUUAUCCAAAGCUCAAAUAACAAUGACCUUAAAUCAGACCGAGCAUAAUCUGACAGUGUCCCAGAUCCCGCACCCACAAAUGUGGCACGUGUUUUAUGCAGACAGAUUGACUUGCCAAGCUAAUAAUGGCAAUGCUCUGAUGGAAGAUAUCCCAUUUGAAAUGAUGCUACUAAAUCCAGAUGCUGAAGGAAAUCCAUAUGAUCAUUUUAGUGCUGGAGAAUCUGGCUUACAUGAGUUCUUCUUCCUCCUGGUCCUCGUGUACUUCGUGAUUGCUUGCAUCUAUGCUCAGUCGCUGUGGCAGGCGAUCAGGAAAGGGGGACCCAUGCACGGGAUUCUCAAGGUUCUGACCACGGCCUUGCUCUUACAAGCCUGCUCAGCUCUUGCUAAUUAUGUUCAUUUCUCCAGGUACUCCAAAGAUGGAACAGGGGUCCCUCUUAUAGGAACUUUGGCAGAACUUUUUGACAUCGCUUCCCAAAUCCAGAUGUUGUAUCUCCUUCUGAGUCUGUGCGUGGGCUGGACCAUCGUCCGGAUGAAGAAGUCUCAGAGCAGACCCCUCCAGUGGGACUCGACGCCCGCCUCCACUGGCAUUGCCGUGUUCAUCGUCAUCACGCAGAGUAUUUUGCUACUUUGGGAGCAGUUCGAAGAAUCCAGCCCUCACAGUUACCAUUCUCACCACCUCGCCAGGAUACUUCUCAUCAUUUUACGAGUUAGUCUCGCCUUCUCCUUUGGCUGCGGCCUAUACCAGAUCAUCUCUGUGGAGAGAAGUACUCUGAAACGGGAGUUUUACAUCACCUUUGCCAAAGGGUGUAUCUUGUGGUUUUUAUGCCACCCGGGUCUUGCUUGCAUAUCUGUGGUUUUUAGUGACUACCAAAGAGAUAAGUUUAUCACAAUGGGCGUCAUCCUCUGCCAGUCUGUCUCCAUGGUCAUUCUCUAUAGACUCUUCCUGUCUCACAGUCUGUACUGGGAAGUUUCCUCGCUCUCCUCUGUAACGCUGCCCCUGACCAUCUCGUCCGGACACAAAAGUCGACCUCACUUCUAAGGCUUCAGUCUCAUGAAAAAGAAAGGCCAGUUGAUCAUGCAGUGAUCCAAAUACAGAAGCAUCCAAAUCCAGUGACAUUUUUUUUCAUACUUUUGCUAUGAAAAACUGAACCAAGAAAAGAGAGUGUGUUAUUUAUAUGACUGCAUUUAAGCAGUGCCAA